AUGACCAGCGAUGGCGCCGCCGCCGCCGCCCGGCCACCGGCGAGCCUCGCCGAGCACCGGCCGCCCGCCAAGGACGGCGCGGGCGCGAGAUCCAAGUUCAAGAUCAAGUUCCCGCGCAAGCAGCUGGCGGCGCUCACGUCGGCGCUCCGCUCGGGCACGCGCUCGGGCAAGAAGACGCUCGAGCUGGUGAUGGACGGCGACGAGACGUCGGACGGGGACGGCGACGGCACGCUGGCGAGCAUGAACCCCUAUGCGCAGGUCGACGGCGGCGGCCUGUCCCGACGGGCGCUCGCGGAUGCCGAGGGGGCCGACGGGCGGCCGAGGCCCGAGAACGGGGCCGCCGCAGGGCGCGGGGACGGUCCGGACGACGGCCCGGACGACGACGGGGCCCGCUGGGCAGAGGGCGCGACGGAGUCGGAGCAUCCGGUAACUUGGCCCGGGCGGAACGGAGAGGGCGAGUCGCCCGCCGGCGCCGAGGGGUUCCCCGCCGCUGGGAUGGUGGCCACCGCUUCCCCCGAGGCCGCUCGCGCCAAGCCGCUCGCUAAGCCCAAACCUCCUCUGCUGCCAAAACCCAGCUUCGCUCCCGAGCAGCCGCUGCAGAACGGCAAGUCGGCGUCGUCGGCGUCGUCGGUGCCGGGGACGGCCGAGCCGACUUCCCAGCCAUCGACUCCCCGGCAAGGACAGAAGGCGAUGCGCGUCCUCCACAGCAUCACGAGCAGCGUGCGUCAAGUCAGCAAGAGCAGCAGCGGCGGCGGCGGCAGCGGCGGCGCUGGACCUCCCACUGCUUCCCCGCAACGCAAGAACAAGGCCUGAGCCUCGCGGUGUGCGCCACAAACGAUCGAUGUUCUGCUCGCGGAACCGUUGCCUGGCCGCGCAGUGACGCCGCCGCGCGCCGGCCAUUGCGUGGCGUACUCCGGUCGUUCCGCUCGACUUCACCGCCUGGUUUGGUUUUG